GUAGAAUUACAAGCAUACAAAGAUGGAUGGGAACAUCACUGCGGAGGAGCUCUAAUUUCCGAAACGAUAGCUUUAACGGCUGCCCACUGCCUAAAAGACUUUAAAAAAUCCCAACUCCGUAUUAUAGUUGGUAAACAUAAUUUAGCAAAAAACGAUAAACAUGAAAAAACCUAUAGAGUACAAAAGGCAUUAGUACACCCCGAAUUUAGAAAAGACGGACCACAUAGCCAUGACAUAGCGAUAUUAAAAAUUAAUUCAUUGAACAGUAAAGGAGUAAAAUUUGAUUCACAUGUGCAACCAAUAUGUUUGCCGGAUUAUUAUACGAAACCCAACGACGUAGAUUGGUGUACCGUGACAGGUUGGGGAGCACAAAAACAAGACGACAUGACCAGUUUGUCCAAAGUGUUGAAAGCAGCUUCAGUACCCUUGCUGGACUUAGAAACCUGCAGACAUGACGAUGUAUAUGGAGGUCGACACCAGUUUAUAUUGGAUAGUAUGUUGUGUGCGGGAAGUUUAGAAGGAGGAGUAGAUGCUUGUGGAGGUGAUUCUGGAGGACCACUGGCCUGCCAAGUAAAUGGAAAAUUUAUAUUGACAGGUGUGGUAUCAUGGGGCGAUGGAUGUGGAAAAAAAAAUAGGCCUGGUGUGUACACACGUGUGUCAUAUUACACAGAGUGGUUAAAAAAAGUUAUGACAGAACUACAGAAUAAUUGAACUACUUGAUGAAAAAAAAUUCAUUAUGAUUCUUUAAAGUAGAUUUAAAUUUUAUUAUAUAGAA